AGGAUUCAGUUUCAAUAAUAUGGUCUCUCAUCAUUUAGAGAGGGCUACUACUACAAUUUCCAGCUACUGGACAUGGUGGUGGGAGGCUACCAGCAAGAAAGACCAUGUAAAUCAAGCAGUUCUCACCGUUCUUAUUGCCAUAUUUGCAACCUUAUGGUACUUAUGGGCAUCUCUGAGGGCGAAAAAAAGAACAGCUCCAUUGCCGCCUGGCCCUCGUGGCUUGCCAAUAGUUGGAUAUCUCCCAUUUCUGGGUUCCAACCUGCAUCAUUCAUUUGCAGAAUUGGCUGAUAUCUAUGGUCCAAUCUUCAAGCUCUGGCUUGGAAACAGGCUGUGUAUAGUGUUAAGCUCACCAUCCCUUGCCAAGGAAGUGGCACGGGACCAAGACAUAAUAUUUGCUAACCGUGACCCACCAGUUGCAGCAUUAAUUUCUUCAUAUGAUAGGCUUGAUAUUGUAUGGUCUCCCUAUGGCUCCUAUUGGCGCAAUUUGCGCAAGUUAUUUGUAAGAGAGAUGCUAAGUAACAAUAUCCUUGACCGCUGCCAUGCCCACAGGAGAUACGAGGUUAGGAAGACUAUCACAAAUGUGUAUAACAAGAUUGGCACACCCAUGGACAUUGGCAAAUUGUCAUUUCAGACUGAACUCAAUGUCAUGACUCGUUCUUUGUGGGGCAACACAAUUGAAGGCCUGGAGGACAGUGUGACGGCAGUUUCCUUCCGGGAGUUGUCAAAUGAAAUGGUGAGAUGGUUGGGAAAGACAAACAUCUCUGAUUUUUUUCCGGCGCUUGCAAGGUUUGAUAUACAAGGCGUGGAAAGAGAAAUGAAGAAGGUCUUCCUCUCUGUUGAUCAGAUUUUGGAUCGCAUCAUCGAACAAAGGAUGAAACUGGACGCCGCAAAAGAAAAGAGGACCUCUAACAACAGAGAAGAGAAGGAUUUUCUGCAGCUCCUCUUGGACGUCAAGGAGCAGGAAGCCACCGAAACACCAAUCACCAGGACACAAGUCAAGGCCUUGUUAGUGGACAUCCUGGUAGGCGGGACUGACACAACAGCAACAACAAUAGAGUGGGCGAUGGCAGAGAUGAUGAGCAAUCCAGAGACAAUGAGAAAAGCCCAAGAAGAAUUAGCUGAUGUUGUAGGGAUGACCAAUAUUGUGGAAGAGUCCCUUCUGCCCAAACUAAAAUAUAUGGAUGCGGUUAUGAAGGAGACGCUGCGGUUACACCCGGCAGUCCCACUCUUAGUCCCUAAGUGUCCAAGCGAAUCUUGCACUGUAGGUGGGUACACUGUACCCAAGGGUACUAAGGUGUUCGUCAAUGUCUGGGCAAUGCAUAGGGAUCCAAAGUAUUGGGAUAAUCCCUCCGAGUUCAAGCCUGAGAGAUUCUUAACUGACUCUAGCAGAUGGGACUACAGAGGCAACAAUUUCCAAUAUCUUCCUUUCGGAUCGGGGAGAAGGGUUUGUCCCGGGAUCCCCUUAGCAGAGAGAAUGAUAAUAUACUUGUUGGCGUCCCUCUUGCAUUCAUUUGAUUGGCAAUUGAUCGCUAAGGGUGAAGACCUUGAUCUUUCAGAGCAAUUUGGAAUUGUCGUAAAGAAGAGGACACCGCUCAUUGUCAUCCCCACCAAAAGGCUACCCAACUCGGCUCUCUACGCUUAAUAUAAAUUUCUUUGAAAUUGAUAUAACAGCAGUGAUAUUUGUCUUGUCUCUGGUCAUCUACUCCUGAAACUCUCCAUGAAUAUGGUCUUCUUAUAUAAACUUGUAGUUUUGAAUAAUAUCCUUAUACUUCUGUAUCAAAGUCAGGGGAUUUAAGUUUGUGUUUGGUCCGAACAAAGAAACUUGAGAUGUGCUGCACUCAAAUGAGAUU